AUAAUACAGACAAACAAAUCGGUCAGACCGCUUCUGAUUUUAGAUUUGCGCGGACGUGGAAGUCACCUAACCUCGGAAAUGAACGCGAAAAAAAAUAAAAACAAAAAGGCUAACAAGCAGCCGAACCCGACGCCACCACAAAAAGAACAAUCAGAGAAAAUACAGGAAAAAAAUGAAAGUGAGUUAAGUGAUCGAGUGGAUAUAAUUAGUGGUAUAGUGACUGAACCGGAGAUUGAAAUACCUAAGAAACCAAAAAGAAAUCGAGGUAAGAAAAAGAAACAAGAUAGAGAAGACGAUGAUAAGAAUGAAGAAAAGACGCCAGAACCAGUUAAAGAGAUUGAUAAUAAAAGUGAAAUUCCCGACACCGACGUUAAUAUUAAUAUUACCGAUUCGAAACCGAAAACUGUAUCCGAACCCAUCGAGGACAUUUCUAUUGCCCCUACUGAACCAAUAAAAGAUGAGACUGAAAUACAAAUAGCAGAAAAUGUACUGAAAACCGAGCCGUUUGAGCAAGAGGUAAAGCACUCUAAGAAGAAGAAUAAGAAAAAGAAACGACACGACUCAGAUAGAAGUGAUAAGAGUGGAGAUGCACUAUUGUGUACUGCUGCAUUUCAAAAACUAUUAGAUGACUCUGAUGAAAAACCUACGGAUGGAAUGGAGGACAGAGAAGGUGAUAGUGUAAAAGAAAAAUUAAUAGAAGAUAACCUAUUGGCUGUAACAGAAGAUGACAAGGGACCUAGCCUAGUUGCUGAUGAUACUCAAACCAUUUCUACGCCUGAAACUGAGAAACAUAUAGAUGUAACGCCUGAAGUCCAUAAAUUUGAAAGUAAGAAGAAAAAAAAUAAAAAAGAUAAGAAAAAUCCGCCUAAAUCAGAAGAAAUUGAUGUGUUGAUUCCAGUAGAAUCCUCUAAAAGUUUUGAACCAGUACGUGAUACUAAAAUGCCUGAUGAAAUUAUUCAGACACAAGCUACUUAUAUUGAAGCAGAAUCACUGAAAGAUAUUACAGAAGUAAUUUCAUCAGAGAAUAUUGAAUUAGACACUCAGUUCGAAAACACAUCUAAAGAUGUAAUCAAAGCAAGCAAGGUGCAGGUAACGAGAGAAAACGAGAAUGUGGAUAUAAUCCCUAAAGAUGAUAGUAUUGCAGAAAUCUCUAAGCCGGAUAAAGGAAGCCCGAAACCAAAGGCAAAAAUAGCAAAGCCUGUAGAUAAAAAACGAAAGGGUAAACAAGAGUCUACAGAUGUUUCAAUGAGUGAAGGCGUUAGUACUACACUUGAAUCGCUAAUUUUAGAACAACCUUCUAGGGUCAUAACAACGCCUGACGUACCAGAUAUUAUACAAAAAGAAAAUAUACUCGAUACUCCAGAAUUAAAAGAAAUAUUCAAACCCACACAGCAAUUAAUAACUGAUAUCUGUGAAUUUACGGCAUCAAAAGAAGAGACUAAAUUAGACACUUUCACUGUGGAGGAACAAUUUGAUCAAACAGCAGCACUACAACGUAGGGAUAACAUAAUUGCAGAAGCAAUUGGAAAUAAAUCCACAAUACAACAUAGUGCAGAAGAGCAAAAAUAUGUACCUAUAGAUAACAAAACGGGUAAAAAGAAACGGAAACCACUAAAAAUGCCUAUACCCAGCCCCGUGGAAGUAGAACCUAUUCAAACUUUAGAGGAAAUGACAACAGAGCUUAGCAAAGAAGGAAAAGACAUUGGUGAUGUCGAAUCAAUAUUUGAAACCUUGGUCCCAACAGAUAUCGAAGUAAAAGCAACUGACCAAAAACUGGACGAAAUUCUUAAGUUGAAAGUAGAAUCUCAGGGUGAAACUGUAGAUACAAAUUCUAAAAGUACUGAACAUCCUGAAGAACAAUGGAUAAAACCAAAAAGGAGAGGAAAAAAGUCGCUCAAAAUGCCACCUACUCCUGGGGUCAAAGACGAACAAUUCAAUUUAAAUAUAGAAAGAAAAAAUGAAGAAUGUGCAAAAGAGCCUGAAAUAACUGUACAACAAUCCCCAAUUGAAACUUUAGAAAUCCGAAGUGUCAAAGCGGAUGAUUCUGAAUGUUCACCUUGUGACGUCACUCCAGACAUCGUGUAUCCUCGAUCAACAAGCCAACUUAAUAUCGAUAAUAAUAACAAUACGGUAAUUUGCGAAAUAUCUUUACCAGACACAUUGAAUAUCCCCGUAGGAUUAACCUCGCCUUUAAUUCAAGGGUCGGGAGAAACUCCAAUAGGAACACCAAUAAUGGUAUCUUCAUUCAAUAUAACCGAAAUGGAAAGCCCUACAGAAAAAACCGAUUUGAAAUCUAAAGUGAUAGAAGUUAAUCAAGAAAUGGAAGAAUUGAGAUUAUCAAUAGAAAGGUCGUUGGCUGAGUUAACAGCAAUGGAAAAAAGUGAACAAGAAUUAGAAAAGCAAUAUGAAGAAACACACAGUAGUAAAGUUGAAAUCACCACUUCUGAAAAAGAACUCUCUAAACCGGAAGAUAUUCAAACAACUAAGAAGGAAUCGAUAGACCUGCAAAUAAACCCUGAAUAUAUACCACCUGCUGCAGAAGAAAUACCAAAAGAAACCAAAGGAAUUGCACCGCUUGCCGUACAAGAAGAUGAUAAAGAUCUAGAAAUACCUAAAGAAUCCACGGACAGUAAACUCAAAAAAGAAAAAAUUGAAAAACCACCAGAAAAGACACAAUGUGCUGAAGCACCUCCAAUUUGUCCAGCAAGAAGAGAUAACAAAGGCAAAGGAAAAAAACGGAAAGGUAAACAAGAAGUUUAUCAAUCAACUACUACACAAACUUCAGCUGAAUCCUCAAAAGACAAAAGAGAAGAAAAGACUGAACAAAAGACAGAGACUCAAGAACAAAGUAAACAAGAGACUAAGCAAAAAGACUCAGAAAUAUUACCAGGUAAUGAUGAUGUGAAUACUUCAGAUCCGAUUACAGAUGUAGAUUAUGAUCCAAUAGAAAAAUUCGAAGACGCUUUAGGUUCAAGUCCUGACGACGUUGAUGUUAAUAAAACGUUUGAAAUGAUACUGAGCGAAGUAACUGAUUCUAACCAAAAGGAACUGGCAUCAAAUAAACCUGAUAUAAAUAUCACAGCACCCGAAGAGGAUUUUCGGGAAGCCAAUGUACCCCAGCCAAAAAACUUGCUAGGCCAUCCAAAUAUUCCUGUAUCAUCGAAUAAGGACGACUUUAAAAAGGAAAAACAUAAAAAGUUGAAUACUAAACAAGCUAAAGUGAAAAUAAAGGAUGCCAAUGAUAUAGAAUGUAUGAAGGAAUCAAAGCAAUCUCAAACUAAAAGCAAGAAGGCAUCAAAAGACUUCCUGUUGAAAAAUUCGAAUGAAAACGGAGAUUUUAUUUACAAAUACAGUUUUCGUAAGGUGUUCUUGCAGAAUACGUGCCACGUGUGCGCUAAGGAGUUGUCUUCUAUACGAGUUCCGUGCAAUUUCUGCAACUUGCUGUUCUACUGCAGCAUAAAACAUAAGGAUGAAGACUGGCCACAGCACCAAGCGCUGUGCUUCGCUAUUUCGACUAUCGUUCAUGUUAAAGAUCAGAAACACAUCUAUGCCGAAGCGAAGAACAUUACUGGGCAGAAUUAUCGUCUACUGAGAAUGCAGAUGAUACUCUCCUGUGAAAAGGUCCUGAAGCGCAGGCUUGUGCCGUGGGAGCAGGAGGCGCUCUUGUACCCUAGGAUUUGCGCUGACGUCAGAUGUCGGGAAUGGAGGCAGACAAGGCUUAAAGAUUGUGAGGGAUGUGGACAGAUAUCCUACUGCGCCAAUAGCCUCGACCACUUACCAUUGUCUCACCAACGUUGGUGCAAAUCUUACGCCUUAUAUCAGAAGUUGGUGACAUACCAACAGACCAAAGGACGAUUGGAGCCAAAGCUCCCUACCAAGGUAAUGACGGGAGACUACGAAAUACCGGAGAAGAUCAAUGAGGUGCUAGCUUCUAUGUAUGAAGAGGAAAUUGAUAUGAACGACAUACAGUACGCGGCAUUGACUCAAAUAGCCACAGCGCCUUUGACUGUAGCUUACAGUCACCAGCUAUAUCGGAAAGUUAGCAAACCUUCCACCAAUGGCAUAUACAAGAAGUCAUCAUUCGUCAUCCACGUGUUAGGAGCUGAACUCCAGUUUGAAGCCGACGUUCUGAACAAAUGGGAGGUGUUCUUCCUCCACCUUCGACCUGACGUGACCGAGUUGGUUGUGGUCCUGAUCAGCAGCAACCUUAACCCUGGGAACUUGCCUUUGGAUUUGCUUGGAAAGAUUCGGUUGUGCGAGAAUUGCCAUCAGAACAAGCGCCGCGUGAUCUUCAGUUUCCAAGACAAGUUGUCAUACCAAGAGUAUAGGACCAGUGAUGACUUCAUAUACCCUGAUAUAGUUUGCGCCUUCAACGCUAGCAUCAACCGCUCCUCCUACUACCCCAAGGACCAGUGGCCAGGCAUCAUUUCAUCGGUGAUGAGGCUCCGAUCACCAUUCCUCAUCACCUCUCACACCCCUACGGAGCUUCACCGCGACCUAAUCAAGGUCAAGGAAUGCGGAGAAGUGAAAGUGAUGGUGGAACCUCAGAGGAACUACUUCGCCAGCGUCCGGCCCGACAGAAACUUCAUAACUGAUGAUGAAACUCCUUUGCUAUUUAAAAAUCAAUGUUUCGCGGUUUUAUGUGGUGUUUAGCUUGAAUAAAUGAUUUUCAGUUUUUUAA